AUUUCACAUGAUUUCACAUAUCCACAUUGAGGUUACGUUGUAACGUAAGGUGGUGCUGCAAUUUUUGGAAGAAUUUUUAUUUUUGCAAAGUUUUAUAUUGUAGAUCAUGAGUGUUGCCGAAAAAAGGAAAAGGGGUGCCAAUUUUACAACAAGUGAAACUAGAGUACAUCUAUCUAUAAUUACGGAAUUUAAAGGGAUCAUGGAAAAUACAAAAAAUGAUGGUGUUUCUGUACAAGAAAAAAACCAGGCGUGGAGUAAAAUUACUGCGAAAUUUAAUGCAGCUUGCCUUGAGGGGAGGCAUCGAACAAUGGACUCCUUGAAAAAGCUAUUUGACAAUAAAAAAGGGAGCUGCGGAAAGCGAAGCCAGAAAUACUUAAAACUGGUGGUGGGCCUUCACAGAAAACUGGUCAUCACUGAAUCAUCACAAUUGAUGGAAGAUGGGAAUCAAGAAAACAAUUCCAGGAGUAUGGAGCAACUAGUAGAUAUAUCAAUGGCAGAAAGGGUCAGAUUUGAAAAAACCUGUUUCAGCACAAUUGAGGCGAUCUAUCAGUAAACCAGCACAAAGUGAUAAGGCUGAAAGCCAAGCAAGCAAACGUGCUAAUACCUGCAAGCCAUCAAAUCGUAGAAGACCUACUGAGACAGUCAUAAGGCCACUGUCAUCAAACCAGCUCGCUGAAAAAUACAACUUGUUGGUUGAUAAAAAGAAUGUGAUUGCAUACCAUGCUCAGAAGAAGCUCGAACAAUUAAGGGUACAUGCGUUAAAAUAUGACAUAGAAAUUAAAAAGAGGCAAUUAGACUCAUUAAGGCCCGAGACAGAAUGACUUAUGAUUUACAAGACUAUUUUAUUAAUGGUUUGUUGUUUUUUUUGUAUUCUAUACCUCUCUUUUUUUUUGAAAAAUGAGAUUUAACUCUUAAGUACCAAAGUGUUAUUUUUGUUACAUAAGUACAGAUGUGACUAGGCUAAACCACAACAAUUUUACUAAUCAAGAACAGUUGUUUCUUCAUAGUCUACUUAAACAAAUGUUGCAAUGUCUUAAUAUAUUGUUAUUUUGAAAAUAAAACAAAAUUUACAUUUACUACUAAUUAUAAAUAUUAAUAUUGGUCAUAAUUUUUGGAAAUAUAAAACUGUCUAUCAGACCAUACAUUGGUAAUUAAGAGGCUAAUCACUAAUGUACUUAUUUCCUUGAAAGUUUUCAAGUUGUAGCAUUUGGCUAGUCAAAUCAUUACUAUACUG